AAGCAUUGUAUACGCCUGCGGACAGUAUGAACUGAGCUUUGUAUGAUCCAGUAACAGUGCGGGAGCUAGGACCCAGCGGGGCUGAGACACACCUGCUGCUGGAGAUCACUGCAGACUGUAGUAGAGAGAAAGUAGACAGCUGCUGGGGAGACAGAGAUAAGCCAGGCGUGAGGCUACUGCUACGUACAUACACAGCAUGAGUGAUAAGGCAGCAACAGGUAAUUCAGGCUGAUCGGGUCUGGCAGAUUCCCCUGCCUGGUCUGCACCCUAGCCUGACCUGGGACAUGCACAGCUUUUCCCUGGCACUGUAACCAGCAGCAGAUGUAUCCCAACCAGCUGUCAGCAAGAAGUGGUGUGCGGUGCUGGAAUCUGGUAGCAAUAAGUGGCAUUGCCAGCGUCUAUCUUGCUUUGCAGAAUAAAGAUUACUCCAGAACUACUAUCUGCACAUCUGACUUCGUCUUGCAAAUCGGCUGCAAAAACAGACGUUCCUCCCACCCCUGAGAGGAAGAAGAGACGGUGUCUUGUAUUACAGCUGCUGCAUGCCUGCUGGAACAACUCCCCCGGAGGCACUGCCAGGAUCAUGGAUCAGGUGUGCGAGGCUCAGCAGUCUCCCCAGCUUCUGCUAGAGAAUGGGUUCUACGUGCCCGUCAGGUCCUGGACUCACCCCCCUAUCAGCAUCCUAACCUCAACCUUGCUGUUCUGUGCGGAGACUGUGGCUGCUUGUGUGGUAACAGCGCAGUACAGUCACACGGAGGACACCGUCUGGAUGUCUCUGACUAUUGUCUUCAUGCUGGUUCCUUCCAUCAUGGUGCAGCUCACACUGACUUUCAUACACAGGGAUCUGGGCAGGGACCGACCCCUGGUACUUCUGAUGCACUUGUUGCAGCUCGGGCCGCUCAUCAGAUGCGUGGAGGCACUAAUAGUGUACUGUCAGAUGGGGCGUGAGGAGGAGCCAUAUGUGAGCAUAUCACGGAAAAAACAUUUACGUGGCUGGGGGAAGGCCGAAGAAGAAGAACAGGAGGUGGGGCAUUCUUUGAGAAGAUUGGCCACACACCGUAAUGCCUUCAAGCGCACAGCUGUCAUUCAAGCCUUCCUGGGGUCAACACCACAGCUCACUCUUCAACUGUAUGUCAGUGUCUUGCAGAGAUAUGUCCCAACUGCACGAGUGUCUGAAAAAAGCAGUACUACUCGUCGGCCAGUAAAUCCUAACACAUCUGAUGAUGAUGACGCUGCCGAAGCAGGUCCAUCAAAAGAAGUAUGGAGCAGCAGAAGUAGCUCUUCUGUUAGACAUCACCACAAGAAACCUGGGGCCGAAAAGAAAGCAAGGUCGUCUGUCCCGCCACAAACACAGCAGGCUACCCCGCCACGUAGAUUAUCGUCCGUAUGUUCUGUCCCCCCACUCCAAAUUUUGGACACACCUCCAAGACGUCAUCCACACUCCCCUCAUCUUGAUUCUUCGAGUCCUGGGAACAGCAUCCCUCCGCAACAACAUCAACACAGUGACACGGAGGAGACAAACAUCUUAGAAAUGCAGCCAUUAAUGCAAGUAAUGAGCCCCCCAGCACCUGUGAGUACACCACCACAGCAAAGCACACCACCCCCACCGCAACACAGCCCAACAACACCAGGAACACAAGGCCCUGAUCAGGUGUUUUGGACUAUUUGGGCUAGACAGCAGGCCACUAAUGAAGAUUGCCUGCAUAAGCAGACACAAAUGUUUGCAAGCCUACCAUCUCACCUCAGAAGAAUCUCAAGAAAUCUGAGUCGACAAAAUGAGCAAACAACCAGAAUAGGCAAUACCAUGGAACUCAUGCGUACAGACAUUACACAGGUCAUGGGCAACUUACAGCGCAUAAUGGAAGAACAACACAGACUAAUGGAAGAACAUCACAGACUAAUGGAAGAACAGCACAGACAACAGCAAAGUUAUAUGAGCAUUUUUCAAAAGUCAAAAGAUUAAUGAAAGUUUAUUCAGAAUAGUAGACAAUCAAAAUGCUGCGACACGUGAACUCAAUGCCACCCUCACUAACCUGAAUGAAACACCCAGAUGCAUGCACCAACAGCAAACAACCAGCACUGGUACGACUACUCCAAAUAUCACGCCAGUCUCAUCACCACCAAGAUGGUCCACCGGUCCACAAGAGCACGCCAACAUGACAGUGCUAAAGGCAAAGGGCAGGACAAGCAGCCACCAAAAAAACAUAACAAAAAGAAGUUAGACAUUUGUGAUAAGUAAAGUUAGCAAGUGUUUUUGAUGCUUUACAAAAUAGCACACUUAGCUUCUUGCCCCUUUUUUUAACAUCAUUAAUUAUAAGUGCACCAAAUUAAGUGUAAAAAAUAGUGCGCACAUUUAUUCCUUGUCAUUUUUUGGGGGUAUUGGAGGAGGAAAAUGUUGAUGGAGCCACACAUACAUGUUAGCAGGAAGUAAAGUGACCACUUGAUUUUUUUCUAAUCAUUACUCUUUCUAGAUUCCAAUCAUUCUCUUUGCCUGCAGAUACAAUAAUUGCCAACCAGGCAGAAUGUCUUUAGCAGGAAGUAAAGUGACCACUUGAUUUUUUUCUAAUCAUUACUCUUUCUAGAUUCCAAUCAUUCUCUUUGCCUGCAGACAAUCUAAAUUACAAUGUUAGUGAUACAUAUCUUAGCUAGCUUAUCUAUACAACAUUACAAGAUGAACACAAUUGAGUUGCGUAAAAAGCUUGUAAUAUGUUGCCUUUGUUUUGUUUUUAAAACAUUGUCCAAAUGAAUGUCAGUAUUGUUGGGCCAGGUUUGUGUGUGCUAAAAAAUAUUAAGCAUGUUUUUACACAUGAUGCUGAAACAAACAAAUAUGUACUUUAACAAAAUUUAAAAAAAAAUGGUUAUAAUAAUGUAUAUGUGUGGCAAACUGUGUAUUUACUUACACAUCAUCAAGUUUACAGCAUCAAACAUUAGGAAAUAAAUUAUUCCUGAUUACA